CCGGUGCGCGGCCGGGCGGGCGGGGUGAGCCCAGGCGGUGCGCCCGGGCAGCCAGCUGUAGAGGGGGUGGUGUGGAAACACCCUCUUCACGGCCGUCUUUCUAGGAAGCCCUUGGAUCGAGAGAUCAGUGGUAGGCGUUGAACUGGAGUCCUGUCACUGCCUCGGAGCCGUGAUACAUCAGAGAGCGAGGGCUGAGGCAGAGCGAGCCUUGGAACCGCGCCCAGAGAAGUCAGCGACACUGUGUGUGACUCCUGAGUUCCUCCAGGGGUCUGUCUGUGCUAAGCUGCCCUGCGAGGCUGACAACCGUGGGAGCUCAGCAAAGGUUUCUUGAUCGAGUGCAGGUAGCAUGGCCCAGGGCACGAUUGAGGUGGAGCGAAAGUUCGUUCCGGGGCCUAACACAGAGGAACGGCUGCAGGAAUUGGGAGGCGUCUUGGAGCACCGGCUCAUGUUCCGAGACAGCUACUAUGACACCCCAGGACUGAGCCUCAUGCGGGCUGACCACUGGCUGCGACAGCGAGAGGGCAGUGGAUGGGAGUUCAAAUGUCCUGGAUCUGGCGGUGUCUCGGGACCCCACACUGAGUAUGUGGAAGUCACAGAUGAACCUGCAAUUGUGGCCCAGCUCUGUGAGGUGCUGGGGGCUGAGGUCCUGGGAGCUGGAGGUGUGGCUGCUGUGCUGGGUCCACUGGGGCUGCAGGAAGUAGCUAGUUUUGUGACCAAGCGCAGUGCCUGGAAGCUGGUGCUGCCUGGAGCUGAUGAAGAGGAGCCAGCGCUCAAGGUGGACCUGGAUACAGCUGACUUUGGCUACGCUGUGGGUGAGGUCGAGGCCCUUGUGCACAGGGAGGCUGAGGUCCCAGCUGCCUUAGAGAAGAUCCACAGACUCAGCCACAUGCUUGGUGUGCCAGCGCAGGAGAAGGCACCUGCCAAGCUGAUUGUGUAUCUCCAGCGCUUCCGGCCACAGGACUAUCAGCGUCUGCUAGAAGUGAAGAGUUCCGGAGCGAAGCUGCCAUAGGGCACCAAACAAGCAUCCUGACAGUAGCCUGGGCUAGGGUGUCACUUCCUUGAAGGCAAAGAGAGCCUCUGGGUCCAAUGGGGUUCAUUCCUGGGGCUGGGUCUCUUCCCCAGGCUCCCUUCCCACAGUAACUCCUCUCUCCAGCUCUGCCUGUUCCUUCACCCUACCCUCAGCUAUCCUUCCUUGAGCCCUCCCUGGCUGCCUCCUCUCCCUCAUCCGUCAGAUGCAAUCUGUGGGCCGCCCCUCUCCCCUGGCCGCUAAGCAGCCUCCAUUGAUUUCCGCUCGUGUUUAUAGGAUUUCCACUUAGCCGUGAUCAGUAGUUAAGCACAGGAAAAUCCCUUGCCACCCCCCCCCUCCCUUGGUCGAUGCCAUUGAUUCUGCCAGCGGCUCCUAAACCGCCUUACAGCUGAGUUAGAGAUGAGGGGAGGCAGCAGGGAUUUCCCUGCCUUGGGAUGUAGGGAAUAGCAGCAGGUUGGGGAAAUAGGUGGAAAUCCCUGUUAGAGACCUAGAAAUUCUAGUUUGAUUUUGCCAAUGCGCCCUGCUUUAUCCCAGACAUGGGAGUGCCUCUUGUGAAAGUUUAGGGGCAAAUGUGCUCCCUACCUUGGUGACGGGUAAAAAGAAAACCCUCCUUUGUUGAAAUAGGCUCCUACUGCUGAGGAUAUGCACUUCCUCUGUAAGAAGGCUUUCCCCUUUGCUGUUAUUCAGACUUCUCUACCUCAAAUACAUUCAGAUUUGGCCUUUCCCCUUCCGGUUUAUUGGGUUUUCAUUAUUUGGGGGUUGGGGGCAGGCCCUCAGUUUCUACAGUGGCAUGCAUGGUACCAGAGCGCCACCUGCUGGUAGCCCUGACGUGUAGGCUCCAAGUGUGCAGGCUGAGUUACUGCCAGGUCUCCAUGGGCAAAUUGUUCACCUCAAAGAUCUCCUGCACGGACUGGCCAAAGUGGUUGUAAGUGAGGCGCAGCUUGAGCCGCAAGGGGACCUAGGAAUAGAAGAGCAUAGACCAGAGUUAGCACCCCUGACUUCACCUGUCCUGGGUCUUUAUUCAUAGGGGGGGCUCCUAGAGCUCACCUUGUUAGGAUUGAGGAUUCUGAGAAGCUGGGUUAUUGGAAGUCCACUCUGAGCUGGAAUUGUGUCCCCACUGGGGGCCUGUAGCUGUAGCUGUAAACUCUGAACACAGGAGGUUGGUCAGAGCACAGUAAGGCAGCUAGCUGGGCUCAAACAACCCUUCCAUGCCUCCUCCUAUAACUCCCUGAAUGCUUCUCUGCCCUCGUCUCAUUUCCACCCAUAUCCUCUACUUAGUGGCUUUUUCUCCUGGAAGUACCAGGCCAUAUCUGAAUCCUGGUCUUAUACAAACCUUGGGCACAGCGGCCUGGCAGAUGAACUGGGUGAUGUCAUCCCCUGAGGCAUUGGUAGCGGUGAUUGUUAUUAAGAGCAAAUUAGGGGUUUCAGGGGGUCGCACAAAAGACAGAUUCAGCUGUAGUCCUUCGCGCUCAAAUACUUUGAGAUUUGGGAUGGGAGCUAGAGUAAGAAGAGAGAAGUAGCUCAGUAUAUGGGCUGAAGAUGAAUUCAUUCAUUUAUUCAUGGAAUAAAAAUGAAGUGAGCACCCACUGGGUAUAGGGCACUGCUUGAAAUGGUAGUGACAAAAUGAACAAGAUGAAGCCCGCAUUGAAGCAUAAGUCUCAUAGGGGAAGAGACAAUAAGAGAGAAAAAAACAAGCAUCAUUCUCACAGACUAGUUGGCGCUAUGAACGAAAUAAACUAUGCCAGAGUAAUUGGAGGAACUAACUGAAAUAGGAAUGGUAGGGAAAGGUAUCUGACAUUUUAGCUGAGGAGUAAGAAUAAACUGGUUAUCUGAUGUACUGGGGAAAGAACAUUCCAUGUAAUAAGAACAUGAAUUGCCUAGGACUUGAGAUAGAGGUCUGAGGAGCUAGAAGGGGCCAAUGGAAGGCCUAGUGGGCAAGUGUGGGAGACUGGGAGGAGAUAGGGCUCCGCAAGCCCAGAUUAAGACAUCUGAACCAGAGGAAGACACUCAAGCGUGUUCAGGAGGGGACUGGAAGAUCUACUGAACCUGCCAUGAUGGGAACUGAUGGGGCACGAAGCAAGUUAAAGUGCACCUGAAACCUUAGUCUUUGACUUAUAGAUAGCUCAUCCACCCAUGACAUGCCCCCUGCCCUUUGCUGAGGCCUACCUGGGGGUGGAGGCGCACAGGGAAGAUCAAGGAGAUGUACCAAGGCAUCUCCUGGGGAGGGAGCCAGAGGUGGAAGAUGCUGGGUCUCCCCAGAAGUGCCAUCCAGGAGAUCUAACAGGUCCAAGAGAUUUGAGGCCUGGGGGAAA